UUCACGUGUGCCAGUGAAUACAGCUGCCACACUGAGGGAAGUAUUACACUUUCAACCUACAACAGAAAGAGCGAAAACAAGAAACAGAUCAGCCUGUUGAACAGAAUCUAACACUAUCCUUUUGGGAAACAGAAACAGCAGCAAAGCGAACGUGUGUGUUAAAUCAUCACCGUAUAAACAAAGAUCAUCUACUGGAGGAGCACAACUCAUAAGCUGUCAUGGCUCCCAGCUUAGCCCAGGCAUACAGGAGGAGGUGGUGGAUGGCCAUCACCGCCAUCAUAGAGAACCUGCUGUUCUCUGCUGUUCUGCUGGGCUGGGGCUCGCUGCUCAUCAUGCUGAAGAACGAAGGCUUCUAUUCUCAUGUUUGUAUUGACAAUGAGACUGUCAAAACCAACGUGACUUCCAUGGAGAGUGUUAAAUGGAGCACUUGUGUGCAGCAGGAGGAGAUAUUAAAUCUUGGCUUCACCAUCGGCUCGUUCCUCUUGAGCGCAGCCACUUUACCCCUGGGUAUCUUGAUGGACAGAUAUGGGCCACGCCCACUGAGGCUCGUUGGCAGUUCAUGUUUUGCAGCCUCCUGUGCGAUGAUUGCUACUGCUGCAUAUAAUCCUGAAGUGCUGUCUGUCCUCAUCUUCCUCGCUGUCUCUUUCAACGGUUUUGGAGGAAUCUGUCUGACCUUCACCUCACUCACACUGCCUAACAUGUUUGGGAAUGUACGGUCAACCAUCCUCUCCCUCAUGAUUGGCUCGUAUGCCUCCUCAGCUGUUACCUUCCCUGGUGUCAAGUUGAUUUAUGACCUUGGUGUGUCGUUCCGUAUCAUCAUGUGGGUUUGGUCUGGUAUGGCCUGCGUGGUCUUCCUCAACUGCUUCUUCAAUUGGCCUGCUGAAUCCUUCCCUGCACCUGAAGACAUCAGAUACUUUAAAAAAGUGAAGCUGAGUGGGGUUGUGACUGAGGACAAGAUGACUGGGGACAGGUAUGUCACCCAUAUGACCACCAUGGAAGACACAGUGGGAGCCAGGCAGCCUGGACCUGAGCAGACAGACUCCCAGAGCACAAGCCAAGGCUCGGUGCCGCUAUGUCAUUCUAUCUGCUCUCCCAUCCUCCUGUGGAGUCUCAUCACCAUGGCAAUGACCCAGCUGAGGCUGAUCUUCUUUAUGGGUGCCAUGAACAAGAUGCUGGAGUUCCUGGUCACCCACGGCAACCCAAACCCUUCAGAAGAGCUGCAGAAGGAGGCAGAGGAACAAGUUGGUUUCUACUCCUCUAUCUUCGGUUCAAUGCAGCUGUUGUGUUUACUGACCUGUCCCAUGAUUGGUUACAUCAUGGACUGGAAAAUGAAGGAGUGUGAGGAGGAAAAUACAAAUGCACAAGCUAAGAAAAGCCAAUCAGAUCCCCCAAAGAGAGACAGAAUAAUCCAGAAACUGACCAAUGCCAUGAGAGCUUUCAUCUUCACCAACAUUCUAUUGGUCACCUUUGGAAUCAUUUCCUUGAUUGACAACCUGCCCAUACAGGUCGUGUCCUUUGUACUGCAUACCAUAGUGCGAGGAUUUAUCCACUCCUGCUGUGGGGGUCUCUAUGCUGCUGUGUAUCCAGCCAAUCACUUUGGGACACUGACAGGCAUGCAGUCAAUGAUCAGUGCUGCUUUCGCCUUGCUCCAACAGCCACUGUUCAUACUGAUGGUGGGACCCCUGAGUGGAGAUCCGUAUUGGAUCAAUUUGGGCCUUCUCCUCUUCUCCCUGGCUGGCUUCCUGUUACCAGGCUAUCUGUACUAUCACCGUAGAAACCUGAUCAUUGCAAAGGCAGAGCGUGAUAGGCUGGCUGCCAGCCAAUCAGACAAAGUCAAUACACCUCUAACCCAAUCAGGUGGUGGAACUCCUAAGAACGAGGACAGUGGGCUUGCAGCCAAUGGAUACACACCAAACGGGAAUACUGUUUACUGAUUGGUAGGCUUGAAAUUAUCAAUUCACAUGAAUCACAGUUCAACAGUUCAUGAAUAUAUUGAGGAUGUUAUCAACCCCAUUCUGGUUUGAAAACUGUGACAUCUUUAUUAAAAACAAACAAGACACAAAAAUUGAAGCCAGUAAUGGUGUCACACAUGGAGUGUGCAUUGGUACAGGACGUUAUAUUUGUAAGGCUACAGUCAGGUUCCUCCUUUAAAAAAUAGUUUUUUACUUUUGCAUUAGAUUACAUCAUAUGAUUAUAGUGGUUUGCUUUCUCCACAAACAUCCUAAAUUGCCCAUAAGUGAGAAUAUGUGUACAUGUUGUGGACCAGGGAACUGUAUGCUUGGAAAGGCUUUAGUCCCCAAACCCUUGACCCUAGCAAUAAGGGAAAAAAGAGGCUAACAAUUCAAGGACCACACCAGUGUUUCUGCUUGUGUUAAACUUUGUACAAUUAAACACAUAGUCACUCUACAACAGUAUUUCUAACCAUGUCACAUAGUGUUACUUAUCUUUUUAGUUCACUGAAUGGGCUUGAAACGUCCCUAAAAUUUAAAAGGCUAAAAUGCAGGCCUACAUAUUCUGUGACAAUAUGCUUACUAUACUAUUUAGACGUGCAGCAGGGAAAGCCAAUUUUAAUCCAUAAGGACACCUGACAAUUGUUUUAAAUCAGAAACAAAUGAGAAUCAAUCCUUCAAGGUUGAUAACUGUAAAAAAUAUUAAUAAUCUGUUAUACUGAAAACAUGAGAUGAUCAUAACAAACCCUGUCAUUCCAAGAUAAUGAAAUAUUUAAGGCAAAACUGUGACUUGUGGAAAAAAAAGAAAUGCCACCUCCACUUACAGUACAAAUGAAAAUAAGACCAUGCAAUAAUUAAUCCACUACAACCUACCUGUAAAGCACACAACUUAACAUGAUAUCUACAAAAUAUCCAUAUGAUUAUAUACUAGCAUGAUCUGUUUUUUUAGGUGGGGUAAAUAGAUGCAACUUAAUGAAAUAAUUAAUAUCCAGAUUCUCACUGUGUUGAAUUUAAACUUGAAUGUCCAUUUUAGCAACUGAAACAAAUAAACAGAAGACACUAGGGAACUUGUUAUUCUCUCGUCAUCAGAUCAUUGUAAAUAUGUGAGUUAUGGUCAUGUUCAUAAGUUGCUCUAACACUUCUUUGGUGUGAUUCCUUCUCUAAUUUUGAAAAAUAAAUCUAAUUGACUAUGAUUUUUAGAUCAGCGAAAAUAAUCUUAAUUUGACAGGGUUAUAGUUUUUAGUUUGCUUGUUUGCAUGGCUAAAGACUUCAGCAGCAGAAGCUACAAUUGAAUUUCUGAAAUAACAUUGCAUUAAAUGACAAUAUGAAAACAUCCUGAGACCUAUACAACUGAAUAGGUCAUAAGCCAGUGACUCCCAAAACAACAUUACAUCAGCCCAGCAACAGGCGUAUAGUAUUUUGGCAGUUUGGUUAGGUUUAGUCAAGAAAACAACUUGGGCAGGUUUAGAAAUAUUUUGUUUUGGCUUAAAAUAUCUUCAUUUUAUGUAACUUUAGCAAGGUUAUGUACAUGAUGUGGCUUAACUACAUUUGUAAGUUAAAAUAACUGACUUUUUGUGUCUCACUGGACAUGAACAGCGGUCUCAUAGGUGAAAGUCCUGUGUUUGUUUGACCCAACCGUCCACCCCUGCCCUCCUCCCUAUGUGGCCUGGCCUCUCCAUUAUACAAUUUCACUUGACUUCCUCUUCUUCUGCUGUAAUAAUUACUACAACCAUUAGAAAAAAACAGCACUUCACAACAAAAAUGUAAAUAGGAGUAUUUUUUCUGGCAAGGACAGGCUGGUGAAUACAGUGUGACAAUGUAAAGUGUGGCACUGAUGGUGAUGAACCUACAGGAAAAUUGUUAUUUGAUGUAUGUCCCAGGUUUGUGCAAAGACUAUUGAAUGUUAUUUGUGACUGUAAUGUAAAGGCUGAUUGAUUUUUGAGUGUCAUUCCCCACAGGUCAAUGUGUUUUGGUGGCGACAGCACUGAUUAGUCAUCCUAAAGCGUCAGUGUUUGAAGACUUGGGAAUCACACUCAGAGAUAAACUUUUCUUACAAAUAGGACCUUUAAGCACUGUUGUCUUGUGGAGUUUUUAUUCACAGGACCAGGUCGGAUCAGCUCAGAAAACAAAGAACUAGAGAGGCAGGAAGUGCAGAAGCCAAUUUUCCCAUUAAAGCAGGAAGUUAAAUCAAGUUUAAUUAGAUCUUUACUUAAUAUCAAGCAGAAAAGAGAUGAGCUGAAAUUAUUUAAAGUCCGCUGCUUUUCAAGUGCUCUGACUAAAGCACCUGAAAAAUAUACCUCCCUCCACAAGCAUUAUGUAUGUUAAAGUUUUCUCAAUUAUUUUUGAAGCUUGCUUCUCUCUCUGACUUCAUGUAAGUCUCUCUUUGAUAAUUGGAUAUCUAUAUAUAUCUAUAAAUGUGAAUUAAGUGGACUCUAUUUAAAACUAUUUUAAAAGGUUCUUUAGUUUUUCUCCUGAGCUCAAUAUUAGUGUAUAUUAUUUAAUAAUGUAGACGUGCACCACGUUCUGUGUAGAUUGUUAUUGUUUCCAGUUUUUGUUUGCCUCUCUUGAAUAAAAUAAAAAAUGGUUUGAUGUGAAUUCAGAAUCUAGAGAUAUCUCAGCCAAUCACAUCUAUUCUCAGCCCAAUGUUUCUUAGGAGGACAAACAUGAGAAGGAGGAGAGAGUUGGUGGUACAGAAAAUGACAUCAGAAGAAAGAGGUCAAUAAUAUAGGACUAUGUACAUGAAUAGAAGUUCAUUUUGACUGAGACACUUGAAAGGUCAGAUGUCAGUCCUUAUUUCACCCAGGCGAUGACAUCAAAGACAAGUCUUCCUACUCUCCUCUCCGAAAGCUUUUCUUAGAUUCUGUGCAGGCACAGACUUGACAGACAAAAAUGUAAUGAUAAAACAGACACACACUUACACAGACAAUUAUGUGUGUUGUAGAAAUAUCAUAGUAACUAGUGAAGCAUUUUUUUUCUUUUUGUAGUAGAAAGAGUUGACAAGUUUUAGGACAGAACUAGCACACCACAAGAGACAGCUGUGCUUUGUUGUGAGAGCACAACAUGACAUCUCAUAAAGUCUGUAUGGUCGAAAUGAAAAAUGUGACAAUUGGUCAAUGAUAAGAUUUAUCCAGUGACUACAUCAUGAUAUGUAAGAAUGUUGAAAUGUGUGUUUGUGUGACAUGAUGUGCAUGCUUUGAAAGUGCCUUGGGUUGACCCCUAAAACGCACAAUGUGCUGAUUUAAGUUUAAGCGUCUGGAUUUUAAAGGCAGGAAACGCACAAAUAAAUAAAACCCCUUAUUUGAAAUGGUGUUUUUGACAUGCACCUGUUUACCUGAUAGCAACCUGUUGACAGAAUAUACAGCAACACACCUUUUAAUAUAAUGCAGUCCAAUACGGGUAUUCUGACAAAGUAUACAGGAAAUUGGACAUAAUAGGCUUCGGAGAGAAAGUUUGUGUUGCUUUUAUUUCACCCAUCUUCUAGGUGUUAUUAUUUCACUGUUUAUCUGUGGUAAUUAAGGUCUGUUGGUCACAGCAGAAUCAGCUGUCUCAAAUUUAGGACGUAUCAGAUGUUUGACAUCUUUGAAUAUGAUCUAAAAGAACUGUUCAUUGUAAAUAACUGUUCUCAGAAAGUAAGAUACAUUUUCUGCUAUUUGGUGUCUGACUUGACUUUAAAUAGUGAUUUGAAUUGGUGUAGAGAAAUUUAAUGACUUAAAAACAAUUAAAAACCUUAAAUGAAA